AUGGUUGAAAAGGUCCUCGACGACAUCUCCCACCGGAGAUACAACCCUCUUCGCGGUUCCUACAUCUUGGUCUCCCCCCACCGGACCAAGCGCCCUUGGCAAGGGCAGCAGGAGAGCCCCUCCAAGACCACCCUGCCCACCUACGACCCGGCCUGUUACCUGUGCCCUGGAAACAAGCGCGCCCAGGGUGACACCAACCCCAAGUAUGAAAAGACUUUCGUGUUCGUGAAUGACUACAGUGCCGUCAAGGAGGAGCAGGCUGCCUAUACCCCCGAAAACUCCGACAGCGCAGAGGCUUUCUUCCUCCAGGCCGAGCCGGUGACCGGAAAAUGCUACGUGCUCACCUUCUCGGCGGCCCAUAACCUCACCCUCGCCGACCUGUCACCCGCGGAGAUCACCCCGGUCAUCGAUGCCUGGACCCAAAUCUACACGGCGCACCUGUCGCCCAAGUCGCCGCUCGCUGCCGUUGCCGAGGCGACCACCCUCCCUCCCAGCUCCGCCAACAUUGAUCUGGCCAAGCCGAAGGAGCAGUACCGGUACAUGCAGAUCUUCGAGAACAAGGGAUCGGCGAUGGGCUGUUCGAACCCCCACCCCCACGGACAGGUCUGGACCACCAGCUCGCUCCCAGAGGAGCCGGCCAUGGAGCUGGAGCAGCUGAAGAAAUACCGCAAGGAGCACGGCGGCAAGCACAUGUUGGAGGCCUACGCCGCCCUGGAGAGUCAGAAGCAGGAGCGCGUGGUGUUCGAGAACAAUGCGUUCCUGGUCGUAUGCCCCUGGUGGGGAGUCUGGCCGUUCGAGACCAUGAUUGUCAGCAAGAAGCACAAGCGCGCAUUGGUCGAUCUGUCCGCCGAUGAGAAAGCCCAGCUCGCCGAGGCCAUUGCUGAGACCACCCGACGCUAUGACAACUUGUUCGAGACCCAUUUCCCCUACAGCAUGGGUAUCCACCAGGCGCCCCUGGAGGGAACUGAUGAGGAGAUCGAGUCGUCGUAUCUGCACCUGCACUUCUAUCCCCCCUUGCUGCGUAGCGCCACCGUGAGGAAGUUCCUGGUCGGUUAUGAAAUGAUGGGCGAGCCUCAGCGCGACAUCACCCCGGAACAAGCCGCGGCGCGGCUACGGGGUUGCGGAGGCGAGCUGUACAGAAAGAAGUUGGAUGGUUGA